GGCCCCGGCCCGGCCCCGCUGCGCGUGCUGGACCUGCGCAGCGACACGGUGACCCGGCCGAGCGCGGCGAUGCGGCGGGCCAUGGCCCGCGCCGUCGUGGGGGACGACGACUACGGCGAGGACCCCACGGUGAACGAGCUUCAGCACCUGGCCGCACAGAUCACGGGAACGGAGGACGCUCUCUUUGUGCCGACGGCCACCAUGGCGAACCUCAUUGCGGUGAUGUGCCACUGCCAGCGCCGAGGGGCCCAGCUGCUCCUGGGGAGGGAGGCCCACCUGCACGUCUACGAGCAUGGCGGGGUCGCUCAGGUCGCUGGGGUCCAUUUCCAGGCACUGCCAGACCUGCCAGACGGCACCUUCGACCUGGACCAGUUGGAGCUGACCAUCCGUGAGGCCCACGGCAGCCGCUACCACCCCCGCCCCGAGCUCAUCUGCCUGGAGAACACGCACAGCUCUGCAGGGGGCCGGGCACUGCCCCUCACCUACCUGCAGCAGGUCCGCCUGCUUGCUGACCGCUAUGGGCUGCGGGUACACAUGGACGGAGCACGACUGAUGAACGCAGCUGUGGCUCAGGGCGUCGAGCCAGCACAGAUCACCCAGCACUGUGACUCUGUCUCCCUGUGCUUCUCCAAGGGCCUGGGCGCCCCGGCUGGAGCAGUGCUUGCCGGACGCAAGGAGUUUGUGGCUGAGGCCUGGCGCGUGCGGAAGCUGCUGGGAGGGGGGAUGCGACAGGCAGGCGUACUGGCAGCUGCUGCCCGCAUCGGGCUGCAGCACGCAGAGACAACACUGCGCAGAGAUCACGACAACGCCCGCCGCUUUGCUCAAGGCAUCCAGGAGCUGAACUCGCCCCUCUGCUCUGUCAACCUCACAGCUGUGGAGACAAACAUCGUGCUGGUGAGAGUGAAGGGGGGCUGGCCAUCUCCCACAGAGCUCUGCGAGCGCAUGCAGGCAGUGAGUGAGGAGGAGGUGGCUGAGACAGGCCACGCUGUCAGUGUGCUGCUUUUCCCCUGGUCAGCACGCUCUCUGCGUGCAGUCUGGCACUGGAACAUCUCCGCCCAUGACACUGAGCUCGCAAAGAACAAGCUGGACUUUGUGGCCAGGAAGUGCCAGGAGAGGCUGUCCCUAGGACUGGAUACUAGUCCUUGGAGCACAGAGGGAGACUAAACUGAGAUGCAGGAACAUGCAUCUUCCUGGCCUCAGCCCUGCAGCUGACCCUACCUGGCUGCUGCAGGCAAGUUUGCAGGCUGGGGCAAAUUCCCAUCCUUAUCCUCCUGGUAGCCAGCAGUAAAGGGUCUGGGACCAGCCAGAACCAGUCCCUGACAGGCUGCAACAGAAUAACCACUCUCGCCUGCAGGCCUGCAAACCAGUGCGAGAGCCCAACCCUGCCAAGACCACUGCUCGCACCCUCCCAGAUGGGAGCUCUGCGCCUCUGUGGGAGGGGGUUCAUUUGCAGAUGUGUCUUGAGGGACAAGAGGGGAGUCCACAUCUCACCCCACCAGACCACUCCAAGACAGCUUCCCCACCUCACUAGUUACCCCAGCAAACACACGAUCAGAUCAUCCUCUAGUCCUCAGUCCACACAGUUCUCUGCUGUUCCUGUAACCCAGUUGCUGGAGACACUGCCCAAAAGCAGGGCCAGAUACCCACUCCCAAGGCCACACACUUCUCAAACAUAUGCACACUGAACAUGCAUACAAGCUGCAGCAGGAAGAAAGAUCAUGAAGGAUGCUCAGGGCACAGCUGGGCAGCUUGCUCACCACCACACAGUGUGAGGCAGCAGCAGCACAUAUCACGAAGCCAAAGAGAGGAAGCAGUCCGAAUCAGGGGCCUUUGGGUUGUGCUACGCUCAGCUCUUGCUGUUGUAAUGAGGCAAUCGAGAUCUAAAUAAAAAGUUGUGGUAGUGCUGUGGCUGUG